AUGGUGGCCAGCUGCCCAUCGGGUCAAGAAAAUCGGCAUAACAAUCCAGCAUUGCCCCUGUUUCCCACCCGCAUCCCGGUCCACCCAUUCCAGAAGGUAUCAGCCGACAUCUUCCAGUUUGGCGGUGUCCACUACCUGCUGUUAGUGGAUGAGUACAGCAAGUGGCCGUGUGUGGCGACACUGCGCACGCUCACGUCGUCAUCCACCAUUGAAGCCCUUGACGGAUUUUUUGCGGAUUUCGGGACCCAUGAGGAGAUUAUAUCCGACAAUGGGAAGCAGUUUGACUGCGUUGAGUUCAACCGUUUUUGUGCAAAACGACAAGUUCGUCAUUUGACUUCCAGCCCCGAGUUCCCGCAGUCUAAUGGUCUGGCAGAGAGGCACAUCCAGACAGUAAAAAAGACCAUGUUGAAAAUGUUCCGGGACGGCAAGUCCCUGUGGGAAGUCUUGGCAGCAGUCCGCUCAACGCCAGUAUCGGACCAGUUACCAUCUCUCUCCGUGCUCCUACAAGGCCGCCAUCUUCGCGGCUCACUCCCGUUCCUUCCGUCUGCUCUCACCCCGAGGGUGGUCCCCUCAUCGUUCGUGCAGCUGCAGUUACGACGACGACAAGGAAAGGCUCACUUCCAGAAUACACGCUGCACUGACGUGCGCUCAUCCGCCCUAUUUGUGGGGCAACGAGUCAGGGCUCGUGUCAACUCUCGGUGGCAGCCAGGAACCGUUGAAAAGGUGUGUCGAGAGCCGAAUUCAUAUCUGGUCCGAUUAUCCGAUGGCCGACUGUUUCGCAGAACACGCUGGGCCAUCAACAUUGAUCAUUCUUCGUCGUCACCACUGGACGCACCCAGUAAGCCCCUACUGCCUCGAGGUACGACAAAUGGAGCCUUGGAGAGUGUAGCAGACCAUUCGGUGCUUUUCCCGUCGCCAGGGCUGACGCACUCUGUUCCAGCGCCAGCAACGCCUCUCCAUGCGACCCCAUCGGUGGGCUGUGACACACCUUGCCCUAGUUCCGGGUCAGUACUGGCCCAGUCUACAACAACUACCCAACCGGAGUGUCGUUCUACCCCUUCGCGGGGUAAUGCCUCGCCUUUAGCAGUGCGGCCAGCCUACCCCAGUCCAGCGCCGGGGCCACGUCUUGAGCGCCAGGCCGUCAGCGGUGCGGUUUGUGGGGAUACCCCAGCAAGGAGUGUGCCGGUCCCAAUGUUCACCCGUUCUGGCCGCCAGUUUUCCCGCCCGGUAGACCCGAGUUAA